UUUUUCAUGAAAUCAGAUAAGAGGUUUCAUUGUUUCUAUUACGUAUUGUGAUAUUGAUUGUUAAUUUUGUUGUGAUGAAUCUGUUAAUUUAAUCUUUAUCGAAUAAUAUAAAAGCGUGUAAAACUCGAAUAGUUUUUAUUCAGUUUUGUAUGUUCAUUAAAAAUUGUGUGAUUCCAAUAAUCCAACUAAAAUAAAAGUAAAAUGAAGUUCUUGAUCGUUUUAAGUGCCAUCUUUUGUCUCUCAGCCAUCAGAGCUGCUCCAACCGAAGAACCAACUCCACUUGCUAAAGCCGCUGUCGAAUUUAAUCGGAGAUUCGUUAAUGAAUGGGAAAAAACGGUUCCUGGUUGGGAUUCAAAAGCUUCACUUCGAUCAAAUCUUUUGGCUCUUCUCUCAAAACCUUUUGACAACAAACUGGUUCCUGCAUGGAAUCCUGAUGUCAGUGCCAAGGAAAACUUCGAAAGGUACAUUGUUCUUCUUGAUGUCGAAGGUUUAGCUAGAAAUAAGUCUGUUGUUGAUAAUAUGGCGCUGAUUGUUCAAAAGUAUUUCGAUAAACUGCCAAUUCCAAUGUUUUUCCCAAAAAAUGAACUCGAAGAAAAGAUCGUCGAUCAAGUGAUGAAAUUUGUCACAGAACAGCAUUUUGGAUUCGACUACAACAAAGAGACUUUUGAUCAAGCUGUUAAUGCUUGGCUCAACAGUCUUGCUGAUAUUAAAAUUUCGGAUCCUAAAGACUUCAUCAAAAGCAAUUUAGAGCAACUUUAUGCCGCAAUUCCUUUUCCUGGCUUCAAUGCUGACAAAACUUUGGAGGAUAAUUUUGUUGCAUUGACCGAAUUUAUUUUGGAAAAAAUUGACAUUUGAAUUUUCAUGUCCACAUGAAAUAUUAAAAAUAAUGAUUCAAUAAAUAUUAUAUAAUUUAGCAUACAAUAAA